AUGUUCAAGCAGCGAUCUCACGAGACCCAUCACAACACCCACGUCCCGCAGAUCAAGGCUAACCCCGGUGAAUACACCGUCGCUGUUCUCGGCGACAGCCUCUUCGAGCGCUUCAAGACCACGGGCCGAAUGCUGAGCAUCAACAAGGACUCGCGUAUACUUAACCUCGGCGUUGGCGGCGACAAGAUCUUGAAUGUGCAGUACCGCAUGGAUCAAGGUCUCGUGCGUCUUCUGAAGCAUCAUCAGCCUAACAUCAAGACUAUGUACAUCCACAUGGGAUCCAACAAUCUCAAGAAGCAGGGCCUUCGAAAGAGCGACGCUGAUGCCUAUGGCGCUGUGGUCAAGCAGUUGCGGAGUGAGUUUCCUGACAUGACUGUUGUCAUUACUGCGUUGUUCAUCCAGCGUGGUUUGGAGCUUGCUGUGAUUGAGGAUGCGAACGCUAAGCUCAAGGCUAUCGCUGAUGAUCAUGGGUGUGCUUUCUUGCCAUUUGGGGAUGACCAGGAGGGGAUCAUGAGUGAGGACAAUGUUCACUUGAACGAGUUUGGGUAUCGCAAGUGA